GCGGCGCGCGGGCGGGCGGUGCAGCUCCCCCAGGGUCGCCUCAGCCGCUCCCGCCGCGCCCGGGCCGCUCUCGCUCCUUCCCUCCCUCCUUCCUUCCUUCCUUCCUUCCUUCCCUCCUCUCCUUCCUGCCGUCCGUCCCAGCGCCGCCGACAUGUCCCGCUACCUGCGGCCCCCCAACACCUCGCUCUUCGUGCGGAACGUGGCCGACGACACCCGGUCCGAAGACUUGCGCCGGGAGUUUGGUCGUUAUGGGCCUAUAGUUGAUGUUUACGUUCCUCUUGACUUCUACACUCGUCGUCCCAGAGGAUUUGCCUAUGUUCAAUUUGAAGAUGUCCGUGAUGCAGAAGAUGCUCUCCAUAAUUUGGAUCGAAAGUGGAUUUGUGGUCGGCAAAUAGAAAUCCAGUUUGCACAGGGGGACCGCAAGACACCAAACCAAAUGAAAGCCAAGGAAGGGAGAAACCUGUACAGUUCUUCUCGUUACGAUGACUACGACAGAUACAGGCGGUCUCGGAGUCGCAGCUACGAGCGCAGGCGGUCGAGGAGUCGCUCCUUUGAUUACAGCUAUAGAAGAUCCUAUAGUCCCAGAAACAGUAGACCUACUGGAAGACCUCGUCGUAGCAGAAGCCAUUCGGACAAUGAUAGGUUCAAACACCGCAAUCGAUCUUUUUCAAGAUCUAAGUCCAAUUCAAGAUCACGAUCCAAGUCACAGCCCAAGAAAGAAAUGAAGGCUAAAUCACGGUCUAGAGGUAGGACUAAACUUUGACUUGACUUGUGUAUAUGAACAAGCCAGAAAAGCCGAACACAAACCCACGAUGUUUCAAGAGUGCAUGAAUAAAGAUGUUGUCCUAGUUCUUGCUCCCAUGGAAAAAUUGUGAAGAAGCUGUUCUGUGGGCCUUUCAGUUGGGGACGAGUUAGCAGGAUGUGGCCAAAAGGGCAGGGAAUGUUUAUGCAUUCAUGCAAAUCAAGCCACAGCCCAUCUAGAUAACAUCUCCCUUCCUUGAUGCAGGUAUCCCAGUCCUGCCCUAAAAAAAGCAGGAGCCUGUCUUGUGCAAGCUUCCUGCAGGUUAUGCACAGCUGGAAUGCAAGAACUUUGCAGGCUGCAAAAGAUCAUGUCUAGAUAUCUUUCUUUUGGAGUCUCAAGAACGGUGGGAAUUACGUUUUUUCUGUGGUAAAUCUAGAUUUUGUCAUUCCUGCAAAAUUUGUAGAAUUGAAGUAGCGUGUAAAAACAAAACCAACCUCUGCUGAAAUUAAUGGCUGUGCUCCAAAAUAUCUGCAGCGAAUCGAUUGGUGGCAGCAGUCGUAGAAGGCUCUAUUGGAACUUCUUUUUCACCUAAAGUCCAUGCACCCAACUGGUAAUUAAAAAUCUUCAAUUUAGUGGUUAAGUAGCUGGGUGUUUAAUUAGGGACUCUGAUAGACUGGUCUCUGAAAGCUCAAUGUUAUCCUUUCUAUGUCUUAUCAAGAUGUUUAAUGUACAGUAUCAUGGUUUUACUCAAAGUGGAAUCUUUUGGUUUUAAUGUUGUUUGGAGCUCUCUGCUUGGACAGAGCUUUUUUUUCCUGCCUGCUGAGUCUGGUGCCAGCUGGAGGUGUGCUCAGAGAAGGGCAGUGCAGCCACCCAGCACUGCUGCUCGAGCCUUGCCAGGGACGGGGCAGACGAACAUUCUCAACUACAAAGGGAUAAAAUUGACACAUUUUUAGGCCAUAAUCGCCCAUUAAGAAUUGCUGGUUUUCUCCAUUUAUCUUGUAACUUGCUUAAAAAGUCUGUAGUCCAUUGCUAUAAUAUUUGUCUAAAGAUGCUCUUGCUGCUGAGACUAUUGUAGGAAGGGAAGACUCUGUACCCUGUAGUGUGUUUGAUCCGAGAUGCUGAUGUUUUAUUCACCCACAUCCUUUCUUCUUGAGUUUUGUGUUCCAUCUGUGCAAAUAACCCUGUGAAUUGGGAAUAAAAUGUACAAGUUUUGACUAUAAACUUGAGAGCACCUUCUGACUUAAUUAAUCCAGCUGUAGUGUGUGGGAGACGGAGCCCCAAGCUUUUGGUUUUGUCAGGAACGUUAAUUAGUGUUAAUUCUCCAGCCCUGUGUUCCCUAACCACUGGAAAAGCAUGAAGGAGAAGGCUGCAGUUAAAGAAACCUCCCUUGAGAAGGAACUGCCAAAAUGAGGUCAUCCCACUUUUCCAUUUCCAUCUGAAAACAAAGAGAUGCUUUUAGGGGGUAAAAAAAAAAAAGUUUAUUUAAAUGUUUUGUUUCCAAUUUGUACAAUCAUCAUCAGUAAUUGACAAUUUGAAGUGGAGAACAGAUAAUUAACUGGGAUACAGCUCAGACUCUGGUGAAGGUCCAGGUCACAACACAAGUUUAGAGACUGCCAAUUCCAUGUGAUUUGGAGCAAUAAUUUUGUAAACAUUCAGCUCAGCUGCCACUGCAUUGGAAUGUACAGAAAAACACCUCCAAGCAUUUCACAAUCUGCAAAAGGCCUGCUCAAAUUAAAGCACUUUUUUUUUUUCAGUAAUCCUUGUCUUUUGAAAGAACCCUGGCUGCUCGUGUUGUCACCCUCGAGCAGGAUCAGCUGGAGGGGGACAGCACAGGAGCCACCUGCCCUGACCCUCUGCCGAGGGAUUUUAGCAAAGAUUGGGAGAAAUGUUGUUUUACAGAGCACUGAUGCAUUUCAGAAACACAGAAUUAUUACAGUCCUUCAGUUUUAUCAAGCACCUGAACCCAGGCAUUUGCAUCUCUUGUGAAACACUUGAUUUGAACACACUCCUCUCCUACACAUUCACAACAGGAGGAUCUGGGAUCUGAAACUCCAGCAGCUUUUUUUUUUUUUAUUAUUUUUUUAGGUUUUUUUUCUUUAAUUAAAAAAAAUCUAAAUAAGCAUUUUUUGCACUGAUUUUACUUCCAAAAAAUGAGAUUAGAACCAAAUACAAUGUGCAUAUUCACUGCAUGUGAAGUGCAAGGGCACAGCCACAAAUGUCUUUUUUUUUUUUGUUAAUUUUUUUUUUUAAACAAAAUAUUUUUUUUUUAAACCAGGCCAC